AUGCAAGUAGAGAGACUCAUAGUUGGACUCGUUUUCUUAUCACAAACAACAAUUGGAAUUCUCGGAAAUUUUUCUCUUAUAUUCUACUAUAUAGUCCUUUACUAUAGAAAGUGUUCAUUAAAACCCACAGAUCUGAUCCUUAUCAAUCUAUUAACAGCCAAUGUCUUGAUCAUUCUCUCUUUAGGAUUGCCCCACACAAUAACUUCUUUUCUGUUGAAGCAGUUAUUGAAUAAUUUUGGAUGUAGCCUAAUUUUAUACAUUCAAAGACUUGGCAGGAGUGUGUCCAUUGGAACCUCCUGCCUCCUGAGUAUAUUCCAGGCAAUGGUCAUCAGUCCCAGAGAAUCUUGUUGGAAGGAUCAUAAAGUCAAAGUUGCCAAGUAUAUUGGUUGCUUCAUUUCCCUACUCUGGGUAUUCUAUAUAUUCAUGCAAUUCAUUUUCUUUAACUACCCAUUUAUUAAAAAGACUGACAAAAACAUGACAAGAACACGAGAUUUUGGAUACUGCUGUCUUGUACUGUACAAUGAAAGUGACUUACUCUUUGCAAUAUUGGUAGUGUUCCCUGAAGUCCUUUUUUCUUUGCUCAUCAUCUUGUCUAGUAGCUUCAUGAUUGUCAUUCUGUACAAACACAAGCAGAGGGUUCAAUACAUCCACAGUUUUCAUGGUUCCAGAAGAACCUCCCCUGUGUCCAGAGCCACACAGAAUAUCCUUGCAUUGAUGUUUACCUUUCUUGUUUUUUAUACAUUAUCCUCCAUCUUACAAGGCUGUCUUGCUUUUUGGUAUGGUCAUACCUGGUGGCUGAUGAACAUCACUUUCAUAUCUUCUCUGUGUUUUCCCUCUUUUGGGCCAUUCAUUCUUAUGAAUCAUUAUUCCACUGUGUCCAGAUACACUUUCAUCUGGAAGAGGAAUAAAAAAAUUUGA